CCGCCUCGGGAGCGGCGCGGCGCGUGCCAUGGCGGGCCCGAGCCUGCGGCCGCACGUGCACUGGGCGCAGCGGCACCGCGAGCUCUACCUGCGCGUGGAGCUGAGUGACGUGCAGCACCCGGACGUCACCAUCACCGACAACGUGCUGCAUUUCAAAGCUCAGGGUCAUGGUGCCAAAGGGGACAACAUCUACGAAUUUCAGAUCGAGUUCCUAGAACCGGUUGAGCCUAAACCUGUAUGCAGGGUGACUCAAAGGCAGCUGAACAUCACUGUGCAGAAAAAAGAGAGUAACUGGUGGGAGAGACUCACCAAGCAAGAGAAGCGCCCGCUCUUCCUAGCUCCCGACUUCGACCGCUGGUUAGAUGAAUCGGAUGCUGAAAUGGAACUGAAGGAGAAGGAAGAAGAAAAGAUUAACAAAAUGAAAAUAGAAUCCAGAGUCCCAAAAGACCCUUUCAAACACCUGAAGAAGGGAUACUUAAUCAUGUAUAAUCUUGUACAGUUUUUGGGAUUCUCUUGGAUUUUUGUGAACAUGACAGUACGACUGUUCAUCUUAGGAAAAGAUUCCUUCUAUGACACAUUUCACACUGCUGCUGACAUGAUGUAUUUCUGUCAUACCCUGGCAUUAAUGGAGAUCAUGAAUUCACUAAUAGGACUAGUCAGAUCACCGCUGAUACCUGCUGUAGUGCAGAUACUUGGAAGAAACUUUAUUUUGUUUGUUAUCCUCGGAAGCUUAGAGGAAAUGCAGAGCAAACCUGUGGUGUUCUUUGUAUUUUAUUUCUGGAGUAUCGUUGAGCUGUUCAGGUAUCCAUAUUACAUGCUUUCAUGCAUCGGUAUAGAAUGGAAACCACUAACCUGGCUCCGUUACACUGUCUGGAUCCCUCUCUACCCCUUAGGAGGCUUGGCAGAAGCUGUCUGUAUCGUUCAAUCCAUUCCAAUCUUCAGUGAAACAGGGAAAUUUAGUCUGGGAUUGCCAAAUCCACUGAACGUCACAAUCCAGUUCUCAUUUUUCCUUCAAAUAUACCUUAUAGCCUUGUUUCUAGGGGUAUUUGUAAACUCCCGUCAUCUCUACAAGCAAAGGAAACAGCACCUUGGACCAAAGAAGAGAAAGAUGAAGUAAAGGAGGACUGCAAUGCUUUCUUACCUAAUUUAUCUCAAUGACAAGAUAAGCCUCUACUUCUUAUGGUUUUACCCACUGUAAUGUAAAGAAUUUUGUAAAAUUAAAUGAUCAUGCUAGAUUUCAUGAUUUCAUAGUGAAUUCAGGUAACACUCCCAUAUACUGUAUUUUGUUCCCUUUCAAUCACGUAUGCAUGGCAUUUACCAUUGAACAGUAACAUUUAAACUUGUAUUCUGUCAACUACCAUAUUAGAAAGAAAUCCUAUUAUCUGCAUAUAAUAUGCUUACAAACAGUGGAGCAGCACUAAAUAGAAAUAGUGUUUAUCUUUUAAUUGGAUAUUUGCUCUUUCAAUAUUGCAUGCAGAUAGGGCUUCUGAUGUUGGGAUAUACUACUACUUGGCCCAUGCUGUUCCUAGGGUGCAUCUUGAUGGCAGGAGGAGCACAGUCUGAGACCACAGUGAACAGUGUUUGGGUGUUUAUCAACUGUUGGGGUAAACUUGCUCAGCACAUACCCCCACCUUUUUUUCUGCAGCAUACUGAUGCUGCAGAAUUAAAACUGGAAGUAGCUAAUGCCAAUUUAAAUGCUACCAACUUAGUCUGUUUCUAGUUCAGCCUUAACAGAAUAGGAGUGCUGUGUGGAUCCUAGAAUUCCUGUAGCAAUACAUCCUUAUCCAGUCACAAGGGAAGGGAAGCUGCCACUCUGUGACGUGGUCACAAACACCUUCCUGAUUGCUAAUGCAAGCACUGAAACAUAACAAAACAAGGAAACAUAGGUACCAGCUUUCUCCUAGCAUGUGAACGAAUGCCAGCAGAACACCAUCCCACCCAUGCAAAGGGAAAACGUGGAACUGUCAUGGGAGACCAGAGCUCCUCUGAUCAUUCCUGGCAGUGCUGUAGCUCCUGUAUUUAUAGCCUUCAGAAAGGCAGUAAAGAUUGCUUUUCUACUUAAACUUCGGGGUGCAGCUGAAAAUUUAGUGUAUAUGCUGCUUUGGUGGGUCCUUGGUGGGAUGGAGCAGUGAGUCAAAUCAUGUAUUAUUGCAAUAGCAUGUAUCAAAGCUCAGUAAGGGGGAUCUCACACAGGGUUUGAAAGGACCCCUUCCUCUGCACUUGCUUUAAACAACAGCAAAAACAAAAGAUAAGCUCCUCCCACAUUCCAGGUCAUCUGCUCUCUCACCUGGAAACCUUUGUUUCAGUUGACUUAAUUUCAACAUGGCCUCCUUCACACCUAGCCUCCUGUAGUUAAUUCCAGAUGCCUCUGGCCUCCUUAAUCCAGUUUAGAAAAUGUACAAAAAGUUUGCUCUAAACUGCACUGUGGUUAUGAACAGGUUGCUUCACAACAACUGCCACUGCCUCCAGGGCAAUGCAAAGCAAUGCCAGCAAUCCCGAACAGGCACUGAAGUUGAGAUUAGCUUAGUGCCAGGUUACUAUUUAUCUUUUUCUACUGUAAAACAAUAUGAAUCCUCCAGAAAAUUAUUUUCUAUAUUAAAGGUAACAAGCAGCUUACUGUUUGUGAUAUGGACCCAGUGAAUGUUACUGUAAAGGAAAGGAAAUAGUGUUAUACAGAGAUUUUAAGAAAGAACUGGUACAGGCUCCACGCUGCAUUUAACAAAUUGUGUUCUGUCAACAAGAGGCAUGAUGCAACUUCUCUUUAGGGAUAUUCAAGACUCCCACUCAAAGGAGAGCGCAGCUUACUUUACUCAGGAGAGUUGAGCAUUAUUUACACACUAUUUCACUUAGCACACACUGUACCUAUGUUUGAAGUAUGUCAAAGGAUUGAAUUAGCUGAGCAACGGAACAGCAAGGAUCACUUUCAUACUUUAUCAUUUCUCCACUGGGCAUUUAAACUUCUGUUAUGAAAUCCAUAUGUAUUCAUACAUUGUAUUUCUCAGUGAAAUUGUGGUACCUAGUGCAAGUUGUCAUGGAUCUUACACUACUGAAUUUUAGUCCUUCAGAAUGAA